GUAUUUUUCAGACGACUGGUUACGCGCAACCAGGAACCAUGGACGCGGAAGAUGGUGAGGUCAAGGGCUUCGAAUUCAACGACCAGAGCAUCCGCAGAGGAUUUAUACGAAAGGUGUACUCCAUUUUGAUGUGCCAGUUACUAGUGACCUUCGGUGCCAUCUGUCUCUUUGUUUAUCAUGAGCCUACCAAGAGGUGGUUCUUGGCUAACCCAUACAUGAUAUGGGUGGCGUUUGCGGUAACGUUCGUCACGAUGAUUGUAAUGGCGUGCUGCGAAAACGUGCGGCGAACGACUCCAACGAAUUUUAUAUUCCUGGCCAUCUUCACUCUGGCCGAGAGCUUUUUGCUGGGCGCGGUCAGCGCUACCAGCGCUCCUGAGGCGGUAAUGAUGGCAGUAGGCAUAACAGCAGCAGUAAGCUUGGCUCUUACGCUGUUCGCUUUCCAGACAAAGUGGGACUUUACUAUGAUGGGAGGAUUCCUCGUCUGCGCGACAGUGGCCCUGCUUAUUCUUGGAAUUUGUGCCAUAUUCAUCCGGAGUAACAUCCUCCAGCUCGUCUACGGUUGCAUUGGCGCCCUCAUCUUCUGCAUGUACCUCGUCUACGACACGCAGCUCAUGAUGGGCGGCAAGCACAAAUACAGCAUCAGCCCUGAGGAGUACAUCUUCGCCGCACUGAACCUGUACCUGGAUAUUGUUAAUAUCUUCCUGUAUAUUCUGAUGAUAAUAAAUGCUGCUUCGAAGUAGGUUUCGUAAAA